GUUACACGUACAUAUAUACAAUUCAGAGCUAUUUAUUACUAAAAAUAUAAUCUAUAAAACUUGCAAUAAAUUCAUUUGAUGUUUCACAUCAUCAGUAAAUGGACGCGCAGUCACUUCAACUUAAACGAAACGCUUUAAUGAUGCAUCAAACAAAAUAUGUUUUUUUGCUCUUUCUUUUGGUGAAUUCCACAGUAUAUACUACAUGUAGUACAGCGGUUCAAGAAGGCGAAGAUGUGGACUUACACCCGUUCGUUAAAGUUGGUACCAAGUAUUAUUUGGUGUCGACUCUGGCCUUAGAGCUGAAUUGGUUCGCAGCUGCUCAUUUUUGUCGUUCAUACGACAGUGAUUUGCUAACGAUUGAAUCGUUGGCUGAAAAGAACGCUUUAUUUUCGCACUUAAAGCAGAUGCAGAUUAGUCAUAUGCGUACUUGGACAAGUAGCAAUGAUUUGGCGGAGGAAGGAAUGUACAUGUCGCUGAAUAGUGGACGUUUAAUGCUUUAUACAUUCUGGGAAGAGAACGAACCGAACAAUGCGGACGCUUCGGAGGAUUGUGUAGAAGUCUCGCUUAUCGACGAUAGCUUUACUAUGAACGAUAAUAAUUGUUAUAAAGGACGAAAGCAUAUUAUUUGCGAAAAGCAUUUGUCGUUAAAAGCUCGUGAUUCCGCCACAAAAUCGGAAUCAAACUGUGAGGAUAAAGUACGAAAUUGUGGUUUGAAAAAACUCAUAGAAGUAUAUCAACAAUCUGCACAUAUAUUAAACUGCAGGGAAUAAUAAUAUGUAAAGAAACGUU